AAAAAAAAUGUGAACGAUUUUGAUUUGGGAAUAUAUUGCUUCCUAAUUGAAUUUAAAUGAUUGGAAAAUUUUCGGAUUUAAAUUGAAAAUUUUGGAGUGGAGGCGGUACUUUUGAAGAUCGUUUACCGACAGGAUAAUCUUUUCCUUUCAAAAAAAAAAAUGUUAAGAGCCACACUAAAGUGAAUGUGAAUAUUAUUUUUUUUAGUUGGUGUAAAAAAAAAGUCUAAUAAUGAUUUAUAUGUUUUAAAAUAAAAAAAAAAAAUGAGUGUGAUAAAGGGUGAAAGUACAUUGAGUUGUUGCCAAUAAAGUGCUGGAUCAAAUUCAAAAUAUUUUAUUAUGGGAGACUUGCAAGCAACGAUUGAAUUUUCUGUUGAACUCUACAAAUUCUAUAAUGUGGAUUUGUUUCAGAGAGGACUUUACCAAGUUCGAUGCUCUUUGCGGGUAUCCCCCAGACUGCCAGUUCAAGUUGAAACUACUAUUUCCGAAAAAUCUCAACCCCAACCCGCACAACAACAGCAACAACAACAGUCACAACAACAACAGCAACCAACAGAAGAGCAGGAUGAAGUGCAGCAAAAUUUACCGCAAAAUAAUGUUCUACCAGGAUCUGCUUGUAUAAUUAAUGGUGCUGGAGCAUCACGAGUUUUCCAAAUACUCUAUCGCAACGAGGAAGUUACACUACGUGAUGUUGUUCUCUUUCGAACGCACUUGUUGGUUGACAGUCGACACCUAAAGGAAUCAAUUGAACGAGCUGAAUUCUCUUUACACCUGGAACUGUGGUUCGGUGAACAAAACAACGGCUCAAGCAGUCUGUCAUUAGCAUCAACCAGAACAUUACAGCUAAACUUUCAUCCUGCCCGAGGCCUACACUACCAUUUGCCAGUUCUGUUUGAUUACUUUCAUUUGGCGGCAAUUAGUCUCGGUAUUCAUGCUAGCUUGGUAGCAUUACAUCAGCCAUAUAUUAAGAAAACAAUUUACCAUUAUGUUCAACUGUGUGCUCCAAAGAGCUCUAAACCAUGGAUGAGUGGAGGAAAACUAAGUUGCAGAGGAAGUAUGUCUCCAGGACCUUUGGAGGCAGUUUUCUUUGGACCCCAAGUUGUGGGAACAACCAAAUGCAGCGGUGGUGCGGCUGGUAGACUUAUUCAAUCGCGACAGAUUCAUCGAGAAAUAUGUUCACUUCUGUUGGGAUCUAUAGAGACUCUUAAGCUGACGCUUAAUGAGUUCAGCACAGUUCUGACCCCUCACUUCAAUAAUCUAAUUGGGUCACCACCAUUUGAAGAAAAUGAUGCCAUGGACAGACUUCAGCAAAUAACUGAUCAAGCCAAGUUACACGAUGGCGAAGAAGACUUUGCCAUUCGAGCUAAUUCUGAUAUUGCACAACUCUGCGCCGAAUGCAUAAUGUUCUGGCGUAGAAUAUUACACGCUUCAACUCAAGCAUCCAUUCAUACGCUCCUAGCAAAGAAACAUCACAUUUUACGAGUUCGUCGGUUUUCAGAAGGAUUUUUCGUCAUGGAAAAUCCCAGACAUUCAGCUGCUGGAUGCUAUGACAGCAACUAUCAAAACUACGUCGCCAUUUGUGAAAUGGCUAGAAGAAGUCGUUACAUGCAGUCACUACCUCCACUGCCAGUUCAUUGCACUCCACUCGAUGGAGAUUCCAACUCACUACCACUCAUUUUCGAAGAUCGCUAUUUGGAUCCGCCAAAGUUCUCCCGCAGACGAACUGGCAGUGAUCCACAUCUGAAUGCCGUUGAAAAUGUUAUCAACAAGGCCCAGCUUCCAGCAAAAACUUGCAAAACGAACUCAAUUAACAGUUUAAAUGGUCGCAAAGACUCGUGCUCAUGCACAGUCAAUUUCGAAUAUCAUAAGCCCCAGAACUAUUUGGGUGUUUUAACACCUCGUUUUGCACUUGGUGGGGAAAUACUUCAGGCAAGUUUAACAAUAGCACCGGCUGCUGCUUCAACUGCUCCUCACCACCACCACAACAAUUUAAACCAACUCACCAUGUCCCGACAUUCCGUUUCAACACUUCUAGAUGGUGUUGAUUGUUCGCUAGAAUACCGAAAUGGUUAUUGUGUGAUGGGUAGUGGAACUCUUCCAGCUCGACACAGUAAAUCAUUGGACCAACUUGAUGGAACUGUCCAUAGUACCCCCUCACUGAGGCAGAACUGUGUCCAACAGUCCGAUAUGUCAUUCGACUACAGACAGCCCCAGUUAAAUGGAAAUCUUCACCUGGUCACACCCACUCCUCAGAAUACCAUGAAUCGUAAGGGAAAAGUUCAAGCUGAAGAUCUAAUGCGUAAUAUAAAUGAGUUUCGUGAAAAAUACAAGAAAGCCGAAGAUCCAUCAAGGACUCAACAGCCAUACCUCGUAAAUGGUGACUGCAAUUUCAAUGAUCGGUCUUGCAAAAAUUUCGGGGGUACUCUCAAUAGGUUCCCAGAUACAUCGACCAAGCCCGGAAAGUUUGACUAUCUGCAUGAAAUCAAAAUGCUUAAUCCUCCAAAACAGCCCAAUUCUUACUACAAUUCCUUACCAAAAGGUGGUCUAAGUGCUCCUCCGCCAAGGAACUCUUAUCCGCCGGUAAGAAGCAAAAAACAUUUCCCUUGUGCCACAAGUACUCCACAGAUUCCUGUUGGAAUAACUGCAAUUCCACGGAGUAACUCAUCACAAACUUUGAAAAACUCAAAAGGCAAUAUUGCCCAAAACAAUCCCUCAACUAUACCUCGAUCAGUAGAAAUUGCCAGAGUUCGAGUGUCUGACCUGAAGGAAAUGCUCAAAAAUGGUACACUUAAGAAAGACUCAAGUAGCUCGGAAAGUGACAUACCGAGCAAGGUAAGUAGGUCACGGGAACAAAAAAUGCUAUCUUCAGCCAGUGUUCCAUUUAAACUUGAAGCUCUAAAUACAGAACAGAACCCUUAUGGGUUUAGCGAAAGUCUGCCAAAUUUGGCACCUCCGCCGCAGUUUGAUACAUCUCCAAUCAAAAAGAAAAUAAGUAGUAGCUCAACAUCGUCAUUGAGUGACCAAAGUGGUUGGGUGUCAAGUCGAAGAAGCUCAGGACCAUCCAGCCCAGAGACCUUAACCAAUGAACAGCAGCAAAUUCAUGUUAAAAAAGAAACAAUGGUUAAUGGGGAACAACUUAGGCUUAAACUUCAAAAACUUCUAGAUCAACAGCACAAUAAAGCUCAACGUCAUACACGUUCAACAAUGGGUCCUUACAAGCUGCUAAAUGGCGAUAUUCCAGUUCACAAAAAAGUGAGCACUGUCACUCUGAAAUCAAAAUCAGAGCGUAACAAAAUCGACGCCGAUGCUCGACGAUUAACUCGUAAUUUAAAUCGCAACGCCUCCGAUGUAUCAGCAAAUGCGAUCAAGGGACCUUACCCAAGAAUUCACAGAGAAUUCUCAUCGUCAAAACAUGCAGCUGGAAGCAGAGAGACCAUCGCCAAUACUAAUAACAAACGACAGAGAGGAAAAUAUGGUGAAAAAUCAAAAUCGGACUUUGAUCUGACAACACUCAGAGACAAUCCUUUUGAAAAUCUACGAGUACCACCACCUCAACAAUUUCAAGAUGAUCUACUGCCACCUGAUGAAUUCAGAGACCCACCACCUAGUUCAGAAACUACGAAAAGUGAUACCACCAUUAAUGGAAGCUUGAAACUAAAUGAUUCCUCUCUAUUUCCACCGCAAAUACUGCAUCAGCCACCAGCUUUGAAGGAGAUCUUUCAAAGUGCCCCAGUACAGCGAAAGCCUAUUGGAGCUAUCGAUAAUCCUGUAUAUCACAUAUACGAGUCUUUAAGGCCUGCUCCAUCAGCAACUUUAAACAAAACGGGCUUGAGUUUAUCGCAAAGUGUCAGUGAGAUCAAAAGACCAAAGGAUCCAAUUUUGAUAAACGGUAUGAAUGGUCAUGCCACUACGGGUGACACUGAAGAUGAGGAUAAGGAAAAUAACUGCCAAUUGAUUGAUAGAACAGACAGUCAGAAGUGGAAUAACAAGGCUAACAAGCGAAAGACUCAAGAAUCAACACUUUCAUUGCUGGAGUUUGAAAAAUGCAGAGAAGAGUUCCGAAAACAAAUCAAAUACAACGGAGGUAUCUACUCGGAUUAUCCGAAACUAGCUUCAGAGCUGCCAUACUUCUAUAUUAGCGAUGAGUAUCGAGCAUUUUCACCACACGGAAUGCAUUUAAUAAUCUGCGUCCAUGGAUUGGAUGGCAACUCGGCCGACUUGCGUUUGGUUCGGACAUAUCUGGAGCUUGGACUGCCCGGUGUGAACUUGGAGUUCCUUAUGUCUGAACGGAAUCAGGGUGACACUUUUUCAGAUUUCGAUACAAUGACUGACAGAUUGGUUGCUGAAAUACUUUACCAUAUCGAAUCAUGUGGAUUAAAUCCAACAAAAAUAUCAUUCGUUGCACAUUCGUUAGGUACAAUCAUUGUUCGUUCAGCAUUAUCACGCCCGCAAAUGAGGCAAUUACUGCCACGACUCCAUACAUUCCUGUCUCUUUCUGGGCCACAUCUUGGGACACUCUAUAAUUCUAGUGGACUUGUCAAUAUGGCAGGAAUGUGGUUUAUGCAGAAAUGGAAGAAAUCUGGAUCACUUUUGCAACUUUGUUUAAGGGAUACAUCCGAUUUGCGAAACACCUUUUUAUAUCGCCUUAGUCAACGUAGUACCUUGCAUCAUUUCAAAAAUAUAUUACUAUGUGGAUCCAGUCAGGAUCGUUAUGUUCCAGCACAUUCGGCUAGACUUGAAUUGUGCAAAGCAGCAAUUCGUGAUAGCUCUAAUUUAGGAACUGUUUACAGGGAAAUGGUCCACAACAUUAUGGCACCAAUUUUGGCUCGUCCCGAACUGACACUUGCACGAUAUGAUGUACAUCAUGCCCUCCCCCAUACAGCAAAUGCGCUCAUCGGUAGAGCAGCACAUAUUGCCGUACUCGAUUCAGAACUUUUUAUUGAAAAGUUUUUACUAAUCGCAGGUUUAAAAUAUUUUAGCUAGCCGAAAUAUAUAAUAAUAAUUACACAAUCAAAAUUAUUAAUAUAAGUUUAAGGGGGAAAACCAAACAAAAAAAAAAUACUUUUUUUUUAAACAAACAAACACAAAAAAAUCGAAUAAAGUUCAUUGAUUAAAAGCUAAUCUAUAAAAAAAAAUCCAAUCGAUUUUUUUUUGAAUACAAAAAACAUAGAAAAGUUAAAAAUAGAAAAGAGUAUGGGAGAGUAAGAGUUAAGUAUACUUUCCAGUUGAAUGUAACUAGAACAGAUAAUAUUAUAAUAUAGUAAUAGAAGUAGUUAUUUUUAAAUUGUAAAAGAUUUUUAAACAUUAUUUUAAAAGUUUUCACGGCAUUUUUAAAUUAAAACUUUUAAAAUUCUUGACGUAUUUAUAGAGAAAAAGAGAAGAAAAGAAGAUAUUAAUGAAGAAAAUGUAGGUCCAUAGGAUUAAAACGACAAAUUGUUAGUCAAUUACAGUAAUUCACUUUAAAACAAAACAGAGUUAUGCCUUGAUGUGAAGUAAAAAUGGAAGGUGGUGGUUUUGUGGUUGCAUGAAUAAGAGCUCUUUUAGAAGGUAUAAAAACAUUUUAAUAAAGCUAAAAAUUCAAUGACUAUAGCCUCGAUCCCUUGGAAAUGGUAUACUACUUAUGAGUAGAAAUCUACAUUACAUACAACAACUACACAUUUCUAUCUCUUCGAUUGGAAGAUCAUGUGUUAAUUGUUGUACUAGAUCUAUUCAUAAGUAAACUACCACCUCCAAUGGAACAGGACUAAUAAGACCCCUGAUAUUGGUAAUUGGGAUCAGAAAGUACUAGCACAAUAUCUAGUACAAUAUCUACUAGAGCAAUAUCUAGCACAAUAUCUAGAACUUCAUCUGUCUUCAUUUUACAAUUUUCAAUUUUUUGGAAACUAGAAAGUAUCCAAAUGGAAUGCAUCUCUUUUAAUUUCUAUUGAGGAUCUUUUUAUUGAACAUGUUAAAAUUAUGUCCUAAGUUUCACGAAGUUAUGUUUGCUUUCGUCCGGAAAAACUGAGCUUCAGUAACACUUUAAAAGCUUGAAAAUUCAAUGCAUCCACAUGACCAUGGAAACGCAGACUGCUAAAUAUUUUAGUUUAAGUUAAAUUUAACGAAAAUCAUUUACCGGCUUUUUCUAUUUUUUAUUGACAUUAUAAAUUAUUUUAAUAAUAAGCCUUAGUAAAACCUGGUAAGAAGUUUCGAAAAAUAUAAUGUAGGUGGCAUACGUGUUGUAUUUUUUUGUUAAAAAAAAAACAAGAUUUCAA